CUCAUCGGUUCUCUUGCAGUGGCCAUAUUUGUUGAUGUGUCAUAUCAAAGUGACUUGUUUUGCGAUCAGCUGGUAAGGCAGGGUGGGUUCAAAGUUCAUUUUUAUCCCGAUUGUUUCCACAUCGAAGCACACCAUGGAUUUUUCCUUCUCGAUUUGAGUCAGAGGAGGACCUGGGUAUAGCUCAGUCCUGCUUCAGAUACACAAAUGAUGGAAGGAUCAGAGGUUCAGUCCUUGGCGACGGGAUCACACCAAAUGAAUUUCCUUAAUGUCAACACGUCUAAUGCAGAAGAGGAGGAAGAAAUCUCUCUCAACAGUGCGCAGGAGGCGGAAACUUGCAGUCAGGCAAAAGAUGAAUUGCAGCUUGACGGUGAAUCAGUCAAGACUACAGCACUUGCUGAGAUGGACACAAAGACGGAACAUGAAGCUCAAACAUGCAGUCAUGAACAUCCAGAUGUGAAAGAGGAGCCUGUUGAUACCAGAACUGUUUUAGUGGAAAGUGGGAAGCCUCCACACAGUCCUUCAAAUGAGAGUGGUAGCACUUUGGUAGCCCCAGUACCUACUGUGGAUGUAGUAGAAAACUCUCCUUCUGUUCUUGAAGGGACAGAAGAUACCGUAUUGACUUUUGAUGCUACCAUUCCAAAUGGCAAUGAACAGCCAUCACUCUUGGUUGCAAAUUGCCCCACUGAGCCAUCACCUGCUGAGGAUAGUAGUUCAGCUGAGAGUCCAUCAUCCUCUUCUGUCCAUAGCGCUUCCAAAAACUCACCCACAGACUCAACAACAACCUCCGGUAUUUCUAAUGGACCUUCUACCCCGAACUCUGACACCUUUAGCUCCUCGCUUGCUUCCAGCCCUCAAACCAGUGCCAAAAACCUGUUUCCCUCAAAUUCUUCUGCAAGUCCUUAUGACACUGAUUGCAGCCGAAAGCUUAUUUCUCAGAUCCAGCGGUCACUGUCACAAGAGUCACUCCUAGAUGAGCUUGAGUCUGAGCUCUUGGCUUGUCAACUGCCGCAUGGUGACGAUAGAAGUGAGCGGAAAGGGAGCUCACCUGUCAAUGGACUCCCCACAGACCAGGAGGAAUGCAUGGUAGUCUUCGAGAAGUGUGUGCAGUACAAGUAUGCACAACAGGAGAAGGCUAUUCAGAAGUUGCUUGAGGAAAACAAGAGACAUCAGGAGCUGAUCCUGGGUAUCUGUUCAGAGAAGGACAAAAUGAGAGAUGAGCUCAAAAGGAGGACAGAAACAGAAAAGCAGCACUUUGCCACCAUUACAAAGUUGGAGGCGAAGGUAAACGAGCUGCUGAAAGAACUGAAGGAGUCGCGGGAUAAACUGGUUCACCAGGACCAGUCAGCUAAAGCUGCUCUCCAGCAGAUGCAGAAGGAGACAGGUUACCGGAUUGAACAGGUGAAUAAGAAAUGUGAUGAGGCGAGGCAAGAGAAGGAGGCCAUGGUGAUGAAAUACGUGCGGGGUGAGAAAGAGGCCCUCGACCUGAGGCGGGAUAAAGAGAGUCUGGAGAAGAAACUGAGAGAAGCCACCAAAGAGGUGGAUCGCCAGGCCCUGCGAGGAAACCAGCUGGCUCAGGAGAAAGGGCGGCUGCAGCAGCUGUAUGAAGCAAAGGAAGGGGAGGUUGGCAGGUUGACUAGAGAAGUGGACAAACUAAAGGAGGAGAUCAACUCCCAUCUCAUCAAGGUUAAAUGGGCCCAGAACAAGUUAAAGAGUGAGGCAGAUACGCACAAGGAAACUAAAGACAAACUGAGAGAGACCACAUCCAAGUUGGCCCAGGCGAAGGAAGAGACUGAGCAGAUCCGCAAGAACUGCCAGGACAUGAUUCGAACAUACCAGGAAUCAGAGGAACUCAGGUCCAAUGAGCUUGAUGCUAAACUUAGGGAGACGAAAGGAGAGCUGGAGAAACACAAGCAGGAACAAACAGACCAGUUAGAGCUACACCGGGUGAAAGCCAAAGAGCUGGAAGACCUGAAGAGGAGCUAUAAAGAGGCCAUGGAUGAGCUUGAUACGCUACGCACAAAGUUAAAGUGUCUGGAGGAUGAGCGUCCACGGUGGGAGGAUGAGCUGACCAAGUACAGGGAGAUCAUCAACCGGCAAAAAGCAGAGAUUGGCCGCCAGAGAGAAAAGCUCGAAGAGGUGACUGCACUUCAGGAGCAGCAUCAACGCGAUGAACAGGAAAUCAAGUCGCUUCGUGAUGAAGUGGAUGGCCUGACCAAUCAAAUGGCUGACCUGCACCGUGAUGUACAAGGCAGCAGAGAGCGUGAAGCGGAGUUACUGGGCUUCACUGAGAAGUUGAGCAGCAAGAACGCUCAGCUUCAGUCAGAGAGCAACGCACUACAAUCUCAGCUGGACCAGCUAACUAACAACUUCACCGAGCUUCAAGGAAAGCUGGAGGAGACCAACAGGCUGCUGGAAGACAAGUCACAGCAACUGAAACAGGAAGAGGCGCUGAGACAGCAAGAGGUGCAGAGUCUGCAGGAGGAGCGGGCAGGACUGCAGACGGAGGUGGCCCAACUGAAAACCAGAGUAGAAGAGCUGAGGGAUGAGCUGGUGACUCAGAAAAGGAAGCAAGCUGCUAAUAUCAAAGACCUCACAAAACAACUAACACAAGCCCGAAAGAGGCUGGAACAAGUUGAGAAUGGAGGGUGCGAACGGGAUGCCAGCAGUAUGGGCAGUCGCUCAAGUUCCUCAGGUACUACUCCAAGAUUUGGUUCUUUGAAUGCACGUCAUGGCGGCAGCAGUGGUGUUGAAGAGCGGUCACCAGAGAGCCAGUCGGGCCCUUCGGUGGUGGUUGUGGACAGUUUCCCAGAGGUCGACAAGGCUGUGCUCGUUGAGCGUAUUGUCCGUCUGCAAAAGGCUCUAGCUCGGAAGCAGGAGAAAAUCGAAUUCAUGGAGGACCAUAUCAAGCAACUGGUGGAAGAGAUCCGCAAAAAGACCAAAAUUAUCCAGAGCUAUGUGCUGAGAGAGGAGACAGGGGCCCUCUCAUCAGAGGCAUCUGAUAUUAACAAGGCCCACCUCAGCCGGCGGGGAGGCAUCAUGGCUUCGCUUUACACCUCCCACCCGGCAGACAGCGGGCUGACCCUGGACCUGUCGCUGGAGAUUAACAGGAAGCUGCAGGCCGUGUUGGAGGACACGCUGCUGAAGAACAUUACGCUGAAGGAGAACCUGCAGACUCUCGGGGCUGAGAUCGAAAAGCUCAUAAAGCAGCAGAGGGAUCCCGAGGACAGCGUGAGGAGGAAGUGACACGUCCGCCUCACAGGCCCGAGAACUACUUGAGGACCUCUGUUUGUUUUUUUACACGCAUGAAGAAUGAGUUGAAUGUCUAAGUGCCAGCAGCCUGUUUCGUGAAGGAGCCCUAAAAACUCUUUCUGUCCAUUUGGGGAAAAACAAGUUAUCUAAACCUACUUGAAUUAUCUCUACUCCAUCCAUAUUGUAAAACUUCCUCUUUUUUUUGCCUCUGACACAACGAAUCUUCCUCUGGCUCACCUCUGGACCCCUCCCCCCGAGCCACACUAAGAAGACUCUAACGCCAGUCGCUUCUAGCUUGAAACUUUUAGUUGCCUUGUAAAAUAAUUGACUUCAUUCUGAAUGUAUAGAAAAUUCUACCUGAAGUGUAGCUAAAAAAAAAACCAAGAAGGAAAGAUCCUGACAUUCUGACACAUUAGGCUCCACAGAUCUCCAUCCAUCAUACAGUAAAUACACUGAGAUGAUCUCAUGGCCAGCAUGUUCUCUCUGUCUCCAAGCCAAAUGUAUUAUCGUUAUUAUUAUUAUUUUUUUAAAGACUGCUUCCUCAGCUUGACAGCACGCCACUCCAUAUUUAAAGGCAAACCUGAAAAAAGCAGAUCAGCCGUGGCUGGUGAGGGACCUCGCGUGCAAGCUUGUGAACCAAGGUUCUUCACAUCAGCAAGACCCGCCCAUCUGUGCAACACCGGUGCUAGACUUAAAAGGAAGCAGACUGCUUCAGUUUCCUCCUGGCAGCCAUCAGCAACUCCUAGAAGCAGUCCACGACGUAUAACACCAUGUGGAGUUUGAUUUCUUCUUUUUUUUUUUCACUUAUUUUCUUUUAGGCUGGGUUAAAAUUGAGUUUUAUUUUAGUACACAUGAUUUCAUAUCUGUUAUUUUUAUCACUCACUUUCCUAUGGAUUUCGUGUUUUUUGCUCUCAGUUUAAAUGAAUGAAUACCUCAAACAUUUUAGUCCUCAGCCUUAGUGUUUAAACUCAGAAUGUAGGCAGUUCAUUAGCAUCAGUUGGCAGUAGCCCGUCUAAUUCCGACUCGAUGUGUAUGUCUCAGCUUUCCGGCGUCAUUAGCAUUCCUCAUAUUUUUUUGGCAGAUGCUCACAGUGUUUGGAAACUUUUUUAGCACCGUGUGUAUAAUAUGAUUUGGUAGGAGGUUGGGGGGAGAAACAAAGACUGAAAUGUUUAGGUAUUCUUGUCACACUCCUCUUUUUUUUUUUUAAGUCUUUUUUUUUUUUUUUGUGGCGUCACUGAGUCCAUUGAAGUAAAUCAAGUGUAGAUGAAUCAAAGGGAGAACAGGAGAUCAGUAGCUAUAGCUCAGGAAAGCCAAAAGAAAUAUAUCCAGGGACAAAGUGCAAUGCUGAUCCUUUUUGUUUUUCUUUUCUUCUCUUUUUUUUUUGUGUUUCUGAACGUGACUGUCUGUCUCCAUGUGGUCUGUUUAUCGCUCAUGUCCGUGCAACAAGCACCUGUCCCGGUGUGUGUGUGUGUGUGUGUGUGUGUGUGUGGAUAUUUAAAAUGGUGUGUGCAUGGCUGCAUGUGUGCCUUUUUGUUAACCUCUCGAGCCUUGUUGUGUUUACACCUUGUGUACAUGCUUCAGCUGUCGGGGCUUAUAGGCUUUAACCAGAAUGACCAUGGAGUUUGUUCCACCGAGAGGGAACGUGCGAUUUGCAUUUAGAGCAGAGUCUGUCAGCCAAACGAAGACCCGCACACACAUAGACACACAGACCUGCAGCUCAGCAUCCCCGAGCUACACACAAUAAUGCUUUUGUCUCUCGCUGACAGCUAUUUAAGUAAGAGAGAUACACAUUCGCAAACACUUUGGGAUGAAGGGAAGAGAGCAACUCAAUUCAACAAUGCCAGUCUCUUUUCAGUUGGUUUGAUCUGUUUGUAGAAGCUGUCACAAAAGAUAAGCUUCCAUUUCUGUUUUAAUUUUUUUUUUCCACAGUCUGAAACGGGCUUUUAUGGGUCACGCCAAUCCCCCCCAAUUCACCCUGAGGCGAUGUUAAAAUGGACCACUACGUGAAUAAAGAUGAAAGUUUCCAGGAUUGAGGGUGCGGAGUCUUUAAAGCCCCUCUGUUUCUGCGCAGAGGUUUCGGUGUGUUGACUAUUUUAUUUCAUCCGAACUGACUUCAUUGCAACGUGAGCUCAGUAUGCAAGCGUGCAGGUAGCAAACCUGGAGUUUGUGUCUUCAUUCUGGGAGUUAUUAGCCUUUUUUUAGCUGAUUUUCAGUGAAGUUGCAUUUUUGCAAAUUAUGCCAGUGUUUCAUUUUCAUGCAUCUUUAAUCAAAAAGUAGGUGCUUGCUAUUGAAUAGGUGAUUAACGUUCUUGUAUUUUGGCAGUUUGUUUUUGGCACGGAAGUAUAAUACAGCCUAUGCAGUACAGUCGCAUGGGAUUGUCCAAGUAAAUCCUCUGAGGCAUGCUAAUACGCGGCGUCUGAUUUUUGGUCAUAGCGUGUCAACCCGAGAGAGGCGGCGUUCCCGCUGAUCCAACACAAUUCCACAGCCUUGAAAUGAAGCCAUGCUGCAGCAUUGUGCGGAUUACUAAAACAAACCUCACGUUUCCCUUCAUGAAUAUGAAAACAUGGUGUUCAGUAUGUGCGAGUGCCGAUCUGUAAAAGAAAGUGAGAGAAGUUGCCAUUAUUUGUUUUCCUGCUGUGCAAUGAUUCCCUUUGAUCUGUUUUGUGGAAUAUUCAAACUGUGAUUAUAUUAUACAUUUGUAGAUAUGCCAUUGUGUAAAAUUCUGAUGAGAUGUUUUAAAAAAAAUGAUGAUUGUGGAUGAUGUACAUACUAUGUUUUCAGGGAAUAAAAGGAGAUGAGUCUUAAGUUCAUCUUGAA